AUGACCAGUCCUGUAUUUUCUGUAAGAAGGGUGGACAUAGUAUUCAAGAAUGCUAUACUUUUACAGCUAAGACCAUGUCAGAGAAACAAGAUUUCAUCAAAAAGGGUGGUUAUUGUUUUGGUUGUCUGCAUUCUAGUCAUGUGUCUAGGAAAUGUCCAAAUCGAAGUAUAUGCAAGAAGUGCAGUAAGAGACAUCCCACUAGCUUGCAUAGUGAAGAAAGAACAUUUCAAAUCUGCCAAUAGAGGGCGGCAGCCACAAGCGGUACUGGAUCUUCCGGGUGUCAUCGCGCUAGCCGAUCAGUUCAAGUCAAUUUUAACGAAGGCAUACAAUGCAUUGGACUCUGGAGGUGCCAUACUUAUCAUGGAAGCCCUGUAUGAUGACGAUAAAACAGGUCCCAUCGCAACAACCGGUAUUGGCAUGGUGAUGAUGGCAUGUUUCGAUGGAGGGAAGCAGAGAAGCGCCCAUGAAAUGACGCAACUUCUGGAAAAGCAUGGAUUUGUUGACGUACAAGUAAAAAAAAGUGGUGUUGUCCACAGUGCAAUUUUAGCAAAGAAAAUGUGA